CGCUUCCAGAAUGUGGGAAACACUGGAACCUGAUUCCACAGCAGCCGUUGAACGUGAAUUCUCAUCUCAUUCUCUCUCAUCACUUCUAAUUUUCAGACACGCAGAGGUUGGUCUGGAGAUAUAAUGGCUGUUUGUUAAGGCUGAAGUUUGGUUGAAAGAGAGUUAAACCUUCUAAGUAUUCAUUUUAAUUUGAGAAAGUUGAGUGAUAAGAAUGACGUGGUUUAGAGCUGGGUCAAGAGUGGCAAAGCUUGCUGUUAGAAGGGCUUUGUCACAGCAUGGUUCACCUCUUCCCAGAACUCGUAUCCUUCCACAGUAUAGUAGAUAUUUUCAUGCAACUGCUCUCAGGCCAAAGGCACAGUCUGCUCCUGUCCCAAGGCCUGUACCAUUAUCCAAGUUGACUGAUAGCUUCUUAGAUGGGACGAGCAGCGUGUAUCUUGAGGAGCUUCAGCGGGCUUGGGAGCAAGAUCCGAAUAGUGUUGAUGAGUCAUGGGAUAACUUCUUCAGGAAUUUUGUUGGCCAAGCCACCACAUCCCCGGGGAUUUCUGGCCAAACAAUUCAAGAAAGUAUGCGCCUCUUGUUGCUCGUGAGAGCUUAUCAGGUCAAUGGUCACAUGAAAGCUAAAUUAGACCCAUUGGACUUAGAGGAGAGACAAAUUCCAGACGACUUAGAUCCUGCUUCUUAUGGGUUCACUGAAGCUGAUCUUGAUAGGGAAUUCUUUCUUGGUGUGUGGAGUAUGUCUGGCUUCUUGUCUGAAAACCGUCCUGUGCAAACAUUGAGAGCCAUAUUGACACGGCUUGAGCAGGCUUAUUGUGGAAGGAUUGGUUAUGAGUACAUGCACAUUCCUGAUCGUGAUAAAUGUAAUUGGCUGAGGGAAAAGAUUGAGACUCCAACACCAACAGAAUACAAUCGUGAGCGACGUGAGGUUAUGCUUGAUAGACUGAUGUGGAGCACUCAGUUUGAGAACUUCUUGGCUACGAAGUGGACAGCUGCAAAGAGGUUUGGCCUUGAAGGUUGUGAGACCUUAAUUCCUGGAAUGAAGGAGAUGUUUGAUAGGGCAGCAGAUCUAGGUGUAGAAAGUAUAGUAAUUGGGAUGUCGCAUAGAGGAAGACUAAAUGUCUUAGGUAAUGUUGUUCGGAAGCCACUUCGGCAGAUCUUUAAUGAGUUUAGUGGUGGUACAAAACCCGUUGAUGAAGCUGGUUAUGUGGGAACUGGUGAUGUAAAGUAUCACUUGGGAACUUCUUAUGAUCGUCCAACUAGAGGUGGGAAAAGAAUUCAUCUGUCAUUGGUUGCAAAUCCAAGCCACUUGGAAGCUGUGGACCCUGUUGUAGUUGGAAAAACUAGAGCAAAGCAGUAUUAUACUAAUGAUGUGGAUAGGACCAGAAACAUGGGUGUUUUGAUUCACGGUGACGGUAGCUUUGCAGGGCAAGGUGUUGUCUACGAGACAUUGCAUCUUAGUGCUCUUCCAAACUACACAACUGGUGGAACAAUACACAUUGUUGUAAAUAACCAAGUGGCCUUUACAACUGAUCCUAGGUCUGGAAGAUCUUCUCAAUACUGUACUGAUGUUGCCAAAGCCUUGAAUGCCCCAAUUUUUCAUGUCAAUGGUGAUGAUGUUGAGGCUGUAGUACAUGCUUGUGAACUUGCUGCAGAGUGGCGUCAAACAUUCCACUCAGAUGUUGUUGUUGAUAUUGUCUGUUAUCGGCGAUAUGGACAUAAUGAAAUAGAUGAACCAUCUUUUACCCAACCAAAAAUGUACAAGGUCAUCCGAAAUCAUCCUUCAGCAUUGGAGAUCUAUCAAAAGAAACUUCUAGAGUCUGGUAAUGUGACAAAGGAGGGUAUUGAAAAGAUACAGAAAAAGAUUAAUUCAAUCCUCAAUGAGGAAUUUGUUGCUAGCAAAGACUAUGUUACGCAAAAGAGAGAUUGGCUUUCAGCCUUUUGGUCUGGUUUUAAGUCUCCUGAACAGCUUUCACGUGUCCGAAAUACAGGUGUGAAACCGGAGAUCCUGAAAAAUGUUGGAAAAUCAAUCACUACCCUUCCAGAAAAUUUUAAGCCUCAUAGAGCUGUGAAAAGGAUUUUUGAUGACCGCAACAAGAUGAUUGAAACAGGGGAAGGUGUUGACUGGGCACUAGGUGAAGCACUUGCUUUUGCAACACUUCUUGUGGAAGGAAAUCAUGUAAGGUUGAGUGGCCAGGAUGUUGAAAGAGGUACCUUUAGUCACAGGCAUUCUGUUCUCCAUGACCAAGAGACAGGUGAGCAGUACUGUCCUCUGGAUCAUAUCAUGUUGAACCAAAAUGAAGAGAUGUUCACCGUAAGCAACAGCUCUCUUUCGGAAUUUGGUGUUCUGGGAUUUGAAUUGGGUUAUUCCAUGGAAAAUCCAAAUGCAUUGGUUCUCUGGGAAGCCCAAUUUGGUGAUUUUGCCAAUGGAGCACAAGUGAUUUUUGACCAAUUUUUAAGCAGUGGGGAGGCAAAGUGGCUGCGCCAGACAGGGUUAGUUGUGCUUUUACCACAUGGUUAUGAUGGGCAAGGCCCUGAGCAUUCCAGUGCACGUCUGGAACGCUUUCUUCAGAUGAGCGAUGAUAAUCCAUAUGUUAUCCCUGAGAUGGAACCAACCCUAAGAAAGCAAAUCCAGGAAUGCAAUUGGCAGGUGGUGAAUGUUACUACUCCUGCCAACUAUUUCCAUGUACUGAGACGACAAAUUCAUAGGGAUUUCCGUAAACCUCUCAUUGUGAUGUCUCCAAAGAACUUGCUUCGUCACAAGGACUGCAAGUCAAAUCUAUCUGAGUUUGAUGAUGUUCAAGGGCACCCCGGUUUUGACAAACAAGGCACCAGAUUUAAGCGUCUCAUCAAGGAUCAGAAUGACCAUUCAGAUCUGGAGGAGGGUAUUCGACGUCUGGUUCUUUGCUCAGGGAAGUUAUACUAUGAGCUUGAUGAGGAGAGAAAGAAAGUUAGUGGAAAAGACGUUGCAAUUUGUAGGGUUGAGCAACUUUGUCCUUUCCCAUAUGACCUCAUCCAACGUGAAUUGAAGCGAUAUCCAAAUGCGGAAAUAGUUUGGUGCCAGGAAGAGCCCAUGAACAUGGGCGCUUAUAAUUACAUUGCACCGCGCCUGUGUACUGCCAUGAAAGCCCUUGGCAGAGGCACUAUGGAUGACAUUAAGUAUGUUGGCCGUGCUCCUUCAGCUGCCACAGCUACCGGUUUCUAUCAGGUUCAUGUUAAAGAGCAGACCGAGAUCGUCCAGAAAGCCUUGCAACCAAAUCCAAUUAAUUAUCCAUUCUGAGGCCCAACCAUUCUUCAUCUGACCAAGAAACUAUUGCUAUUGAUAUUCUAGCUUGCGAGUAAUUCUUUCUUCAGUAAUAAUUUUUUGUCGCCCAAACCGCUCCCAUUUGUCUGCUGUUGUUCUCAUGCACGCUAUAAGCCAUGUUUUGGUAUCUUGAGUGAAAUAAUGGUGGGAUGAGCUUCACCAUACUCGUGACAGGUCUCCGAGUCGAAUAUUCAGUACUCUGCUAUGUCCAAUCCUCUUUUGUAUAGAGAAAAAGGUCCGCUUUCAUGUGUAAUUUUGAUAUGUUUCGGGUGAAAUUACGCGGCGUUCUUCAAUUUAUUCACGACUAUUUUCGACA